AUGGAGUUAUCGGAAGAAUGGAAAGCUUAUUUUCCCAUCGGCAAAUCACUGGACCCGCCGCUCCUCUCUUCUUCAAAGCUUGGUCCUCUUUUCUUCAUCCCAAAGCCCAAAACUCUUCCUAAAAUCCUUUUCCAUUCUCCCUCUCUUUUCCCCCCUCUUCUUCCUCCUCUACCUCGCCUUUCUUUCUCUCGAUUCCUCUCUGCUUCUUCUGUCCCUUACUCCACUUCUUUCUCUAUUGCUUCCUGCUUCACCCCUAAUUGCUCCCACGACGACGACGCUUCUUCCCUUCUAUCACACAAUCGCCUCCACCUUCUCCAUUGCCCUGACCACAACAUUACUCUUGUCUUCUUCACCACUGGCUCUAACCAUGACCGAAUCGGGUUCUUCGCUAUUCACGUCCAAGACAACGAUUUUAAGUUUCUGGGUGAUGGGAACGGUGGCGUCUUUAUUUCUAACAACCACUUCAAUCACAAAAUAUUGAGUAUUUUAGUGAACCCAGUUGAUGAUUUCGACGGGAUUUCAGGUGAUUCUGUUGUUGGGUAUUUAAUGACUUCUACUCUAUAUUCUGUUCAUUGGUAUUCUGUUAGAUUUGAUAACUCUAGCAAAACCCCUGCUUUGGAUUACUUAGGCAGUAAGUUAUUCAAGAGUUCCUCGAUUGUCUGUGCUUGUUGCAGCCCACACAUACCUGAAGAAAGUGUGGUUUUGUUAGAGAAUGGUGCACUGUUCUUGUUUGAUUUAGCUUCUUAUGUUAAUUGUCAGAAACCCAAUGGCUAUGUUAAAGGGAGUAAAUUUAGAGUUCUAUGGGAUGAUUCGAGUGUUUCAGAGAAUUGUAAAUGGUUGGGUAUUGAGUUCAGUUGGCAUCCUAGAAUUUUAGUUGUUGCCCGAUCAGAUGCUGUUUUUUUACUUGAUUUCAGGAGUGAUGAGUGCAAUGUAACUUGUUUAGCUAAGAUUGAGAUGUUGAGCCCAUAUGCUGUAGUUGAUGAGGAUCAGUUCCUAGCAUUUUCUAGAGCAGGAGCUGAUGGGUUUCAGUUUGUUUUGGCUUCCCUAAGUUUAUUGCUUCUUUGUGAUGUGCGUAAACCAAUGUUACCAUUGCUGCGUUGGGCUCAUGCCCUAGAUAAUCCAUGCUUCAUUGAUGUGAUUAGGUUAUCAGAAUUGAGAUCACAAUCAAGGGAUGAUACAUAUCAGUGGGCAACUGAAUCGGGUUUUUGCAUCAUAUUGGGAUCAUUUUGGAAUUGUGAGUUCAGGCUGUUCUGUUAUGGCCCUUCUUCAGCCAAUGAAGGACCUGUUGCUAUGGAAAUUUCAAAGUUUUGCAAACCCUUUUUGGCAUGGGAUCUUCCUUCAGAUUUAUUAUUGUCAAACCAAGAGUGUCAUUGUGGAAGUUGUCUUGUUAGGGAAGAAUUUUCGAAAGGUGCACUUCCUGAAUGGAUUGAUUGGCAGCAGAAGAAAGAUAUUGUCCUUGGCUUCGGGGUUUUGAGCAGGGAUCUCUCGAAGUUGGUGUGCGAGUCAGAUGAAUUUGGUGGGUUUACUUUGAUUAGGCUAAUGUCUUCAGGAAGGAUUGAAGCUCAACGAUAUUGUGCCUCGUGGGAUUUGGUGCAGAAUUUUAAUGUAGCUCACAGAGAACCAUUUUUCAAUUUUGGGGAUAGCUUACUAUACGCCUUGGGUGACGAUGAAUAUGAAUUUCCUAAAAGGUUCAAGUAUUUGAACCUUGACUAUCUUCGUGGUUAUUUGAAUGACAAUCUUGCUGAAGGCCUAGACUCCAGGAUAAAGAAGUCCCACAAGGGUCUUCAGCAGAAGGAAUCUUUUAACCUAGACUUUCAUGAAAUUUUGUGUGAGAAGUUGAAGGUCUGCGGAUUUGGUCGAUUCAGGUCCUCUCCUGCACUUUCCGUUGUCUUCAAUGACAUUAGCUUGCCAACAAGUAUAUGCGAAGUUGCUUCAAGGCAAAUGUGGGCAACCUUACCUUUGGAACUUUUACUACUAGCUUUCUCUAGCUAUCCUGAGCUACUUGAUGUGCCCUUCGAUGACAUGACAAUGCCUCUGGAAUUUUCAGUUGUUCCAGACCUUCCUCAGUUGCCUCCAUUCCUACUAAGGAAGCCUUCAUGCCGCAGCACUAAGUGGUCACAUAAGAUGCAGCCUGAUGAUUCACUUGUGGGUCCUGUUCUUCCUCUCCCCAUUCUACUUACACUUCACGAGUUUCGUAACGGCUGUCCUGAUUCAGAGAAAAUGUGUGAAUUUUCAUCAGAGGUGGAGUUUGGCCUUAGGUGCAAUGAAGUCAUGCAGGUUGCUGCAGAAAUGGCUGUAUCAGAUUCUAGCUUGCUUAACAAUGAUGAAAUUGUCUCUCUUGCUGAUGACAGAGAUGAGAUGUGGGUUAACUCUCAAAGGCCAAAACCAUUGCUUUUAUACCAUCCAGUUGGAGGCGAGUCAUAUGGAAACCAUAUUUAUAAAGAUGAGAAAUUUACUACCAUGAUUACCAAAGUGCAUAAGGUUACUGAUCGUAAUGACACAACUGAUAGUGUUGGGCUAGAACUAUUCGAUGAUCUGUGUCCCAUUGAGUUGAAGCUUUAUGUUCCUGUCAUGAACUUUGGCUCACAGGAAUUAGAAGCGUUCAAGACAUUGAAAAGGCAGUUUUGCAGGUGGCAAGAACGUUUUAAACCAUAUCAGGAACUGUGCAUCCAGAAUAAUAUAGAUUUUCAAAAGAAGGCAUGA